ACAAGUCCCAGUUCGUUUCCAACGCCAUAAGGUAGACGCCACAUGUUGCCUAUCGCCAAUAAAAGCGAAGCUUUCCGCACUUCGCAACAGAGUCACGGAUUAAACGGUCCUCGUACCGGCAUCCCUCAGCCGGGCCCCAGGAAUAAAGUUUAAAAAAAAAAAAAAAAAAAAAAAAACAUAGAAAACCAACCGAUCGCGCAACAUUAACGAUCCUUGGAACAAAGAGGAUCGUGGAUUCUGCAAAUAAGCUCGUAAAAUCGUCAGGGAAAUCGGUAAUCGGUCUGGUCACGAGGGUCGAUUACAGUCACCGAAUCGUCGGUAGAUCAGGAUCGGUAAAUAUAUCGGUAAAACCAGGGUGUUCUCGUUUGUGUUUGCCGGAAGCUGGUCAUCGUCGCUGGUGAAAAAUCGCCGACAACCCGCGUACUCUUGGGAGGAAUAAAAAAGUAAACAAAGAAGGGGAUAAGUAUUGAAAAUUUGAAAGUAUUAAACUCCUUCAUUUCCCGCUCGUUCAAAGUUUCACAAUGGAAUAAUCGGCCGUCUGCGACGGAUGAACUGAGGAAUCGCAUUCAUCGAUCUGGCAAUCUGAUUUCUAAUGAACACCAGCGACGAUACAAUCAGCGAGAUGUCGAACAUCUACAACAACUCGGUCGUGAGGUUUUACCAACGUUUGUUCUACGAAUGGGCUGAUGUGAGGACAAAGGAUUGGUUUCUGAUGGGGUCGCCGGUCCCAGGCGCCAGCAUAAUGUUCGGCUACCUUUACUUCGUUCUCUCCUGGGGCCCGAGGCACAUGGAACACCGAAAGCCGUAUCAGCUCAAGAAUGUUCUCAUUCUUUACAACUUGUUCCAAGUUAUCCUCAGCAUUUGGUUAUUUUGCGAGGGUCUCGACGCCGCCUGGCUAACUAAAUACAGCUGGAAGUGCGAGCCCGUAGAUUUUUCAAACUCACCAGAAGCGCUCCGGGUUGCUCGAGGCGUCUACAUUUACUUCCUUGCGAAAAUCUCCGAGCUCCUGGACACCGUCUUCUUCGUUUUGCGGAAGAAGGAUCGACAGAUAAGCUUCCUUCACAUGUAUCAUCACACCGUCAUGCCUCUCGUCGCUUGGGGAGCCACCAAGUAUUAUCCCGGCGGCCACGGGACCUUCAUAGGCAUCAUCAACACCUUCGUCCACAUCGUCAUGUACACCUACUACCUUCUGGCGGCGAUGCUGCCGCAAUAUCAGGCCUACUUGUGGUGGAAGAAAUACAUCACCACCUUACAAAUGGGCCAGUUCUGCAUCGCCUUCCUUCACAGCCUGCAGCUGCUGAUCUACGACUGCGACUAUCCGAGGUGGUCGCUGAUGAUCAUUCUCCCGAAUGUGACGUUCUUCUACUUACUGUUCGCGGACUUUUACAACAAGGCCUACGACAAGUCGAAGACAUCGGAAACUGUGGCGAGUGCGAAGCUUCGCGAGGAUUAAGAAAGUCGGAGGGUGACGAACGGCGGUAAAGUCCAGAAUGGAAAAACGACGAAGGCCUGAUCGAGUAUCGACCCAGUUUUUGGCCAUCCUUCAAAGGGAGACUGAAAACAUUUAUUUGGCGCAAUGAACGGCUUUCUCGAUUUCGAAAAAAAAUUGCCUUACACGUAGAUCCGGCUUUUUGUAUCCUACGAGGACGCCGAAUGGCUGGAUGAAAAAAAGACGGUUCAACUUAUAUCGAUUGGUUUUGGCUCAACAAGUAGCGCAUUUAGCGAUCGUAUUUGCGUACAUAGGUGGAUAAUCUAAAAAUCUAGUUGACACGUCGAAUAAUUCAACGAAAUUUAGCAUGCGAUUUGUAAACGAAGUUCGGACUGCGAUGAUAUUUGUACCAGGGCUUUGAUGCUGUUAUUAUUAAAAAAAUAAUGACAGAAUUACAGUUCUCAAAAUAUAUCGACGACUGGACGUUAUUGGUUCUAAUAUUCGGUUCACAAUUUUUUUUUCUUUUUUUUCUUCAAAGAAGCUGCGUUUACUGACUGAAUAUUCUCAGUUUGUUUUUCAUAAUAUUUUUCAUUUCUGUAGGAAUUUUUUAUCUCUAGAUUUUUAGAUUCGCAAACCGGAUCAGUAAUCUUCCAGUUUACAAGGCUGAAAUAGAAUCAGGCAAAAUUAGAAACGGUCCAAUCUUUCUAAAUAUAUCUUCCAACUAUCUCGAUAAAAGCUUCACUGACGAUGUUUCAAAGUGUGCAAUUAUUGCUCAAACAGAUCGUAUCUCAAAUACGUACAUAUAUACGACUCGGUCGCAGAAAAUGUAUUCGCGAAAUAAUUAUAAUUGAAUUUGUACAUAUAACAGGUUAUAUACGUUUAUCGUUGUUUACGAGUUUGUUAAGUUCUGCGCCAAGAAUAUGAUAGAAUAUAAUUUGAUGCGUCUGUCGCUUCCGAAAUAUAAGCGAGCAAAAAAUUUGAGAAGCUUGUAUAUAACACACAAAUUGUAAGAUUAAAUCGCGUUUAACGUACGUUGGAUGUAUAGAUUUAAAAUAUUUAACAUGUUAUUGCUGCCUGCAGAAUGAUUCAGCAAAGCGAUACGUCAUCGAUAUGUGAUGAAAUUAAUAAACGAGAAAAAUUUCGCAGACAGUUAGGUACCGUUGAACUUGACGACAAAAUUAGCGUACGUAGGCACUGUGUUUUUGUUUUUGUGUCUUUUUUUUUUUUUUUUUUCUUUCAAACGUCGAAUAUCGUAGGUACUCAUAGAUACUAGAAGGCACUCGGCGUGCAUUUUACAGCUUUAAAUAUCUUUACGGAAGAGUUGAUAUCUUUACAUAUUAUUAUACAUUAAUGUAGGCAUGUACCAUAUAAUAUAAUACGAUAAAUGUAUUAUACAUGAGAGUAAUAUAUAUAUAUAUAAACUAUAAAAUUAGCUGAUCAAUCGAUUAAUAAAUUCACGAUUCAGUCGCUAAUUAUUACGUAUCGUAUGCACGGUAGGGUGAUUCAAAAAAAUCAUUGUUUUUUUCGAAAAAAAUUGGUAGUGAAGAAACGAUUUGAAAUUACGAAAAAAUAAUUCCUGCACGCGGAAAAAUUUUUUACUCAAGAUUUCGAGGUAGCGCAAGUCAAUUUUAUGUAUUUAUUUAAGGUUUUUUUUUUUCGUAAAAUUUAGAUAAGACCAUAAUUGCCGGUGUAAAUAUGUAUUUUACGAAGAAACCACAAGAUACCUUUUUUGUAGAUUUAUUCUUAACAAAAAAGCUAUCUUGUUAAGUUUGACAUAAUCCAAUUUUUUCAAUUUACUCGCCGAGUCUGGAAAAAAUGCGUUCUUGAAAAAUAUCUCAUGAAAUACUGGAUUACGUCAAAUUUAACAAGAUAGCUUUUUUUGUUAAGAAUAAAUCGUCUACAAAAAAGGUAUCUCGUGGUUUCUUCGUAAAAUGUAUAUUUACACUGGCAAUUACGAUCUUAUCUAAAUUUUACGAAAAAAAAGCCUUAAAUAAAUACGUAAAAUCGACUUGCGCUACUUCUAAAUCUUGAGUAAAAAAAUAUUUCGCGUGGAGGCAUUAUUUUUUCGUCAUUUCGAAUCGUUUUUUCACUACCACUUUUUUUCGAAAAAUAUAAUGACUUCUUUUGAAUCAUCCUAAUACACAGUCAACCAUUUCUUAUCCGAUAAUUGGUGAACUGUAUUAAUUAGUCUUACUGUUGGUUCGGGUUGAAAAUACGAACGAAAUGAACAGAGAGAGAGAGAAGCUUUUCUAGCGACUGAAUUUAAGGACGGGUUCGAAUCUGCAAGACGUGCGAUUGUCUGUUUCGCGUUUACGUUAGCGUUAAAUUGUUAUAGUGUUAAAUUUUGUAUUAUACAAUGAUUGUACGCAUUGUGCGUGUAAUUAUCGGAUUUAAAUAAAACGUGUAUUGACGAAAAUUUUAAACGAUACGAUCAGUUUAUUCAUUCGAAUUUUAUGCUAGGUAUUAUAUUACACGUAUAUGACUUGAUUUAUAUAUUCCAUUAGAUUACUUCUUAGAAAUAUUAUUGCCAUCAAAUAAAUAGAUUAAGAUCAAACUUAACGAAUAAUUAACGAUACGCACAUCGGCUGAUACGAACAUUCGCAUCUGUUUCAUUUGAAUCACAUUUUUCAUUGCAGUAGUUGGAAUGCUCACGUUAUAAUUAUAGCGUUGCAAAGAUGUAAGAAGCGAUUUUCCUUUUCGUCUCUUAAAAUGACCUUGCUCGUUAUAAUUACCGUUCAGAUCUUGCCUACCGAUGAUCCUGACUUAUUAACCCCAAGUGAACACAUCGAAUGAUGAAUGAAAAAUAUUGAAAUCGAUUGGAAAUUGUAUUCAAACAAUUACAACGCUCUUUGAAUUUCUUACGCGCAUAACGUAUUCGACUUUUUACCCGAUUAUUGUUACAUUUAUAUACGCGGACGGCUUGACGUAUUAUGCAAUAAACUUACGACCUAGGCUUUGUACAAUCUAUUGAAUAGCGGACCGUGUCCAACGGCAUCGCGUGCCGCCC